GUCGAUACCUUUCCACCUCCUACCCUCAUGUACGCAAAUGUUACAUCCGCGUAUUGAAGCAUCCAAUCUGAUGAAACGUUUGUUAUUACUCGGGUCACGGCCACCUGUUACUCUCUCCAAAAUGCGACAACCUCGUGGCAAAAACCACGUAGUACUUUUAUCCGUUGGCAGCAAGCUCAUCCGUUUCUCAUACUACACACCAUGGCGAAAAUACGAAGGACGAAGAGAAAAACUCCAGUAACUCGUUUAGCUGCACCUGCAAGCCCCUCUUGCUCCUCCAGCAAACCCGCCGCGACUCGCAAAGUCAUCCGUCGCUUCCAUGUCCUCAGCAAGCGCCAGAUCCAGCUCCGUAAACUACUGAGCAGCAGGCGUGAAGGCUUGUCUUCUGAUGCACUCAAGGUGAAGGAAGAGCUUGCAGCUAUAGAGCAGGAGAUAGAUGACAUGGGGGGCUUGGAAGCGUAUCAGAAGAUGUCCGUCAUCGGACAGGGUAACGACCGGGGAGGUGGCAGCGAGAAAGUGCUCAUAGGGUGGUUGCACGAGUUGAAUUACCCGAAGCGGAUGGAGGCGGAGAAGCUAAGAGUACUCGAGGUCGGCGCGCUCAAACCCGACAACUACGCUUCGUGCUCGACAUGGAUAGACGUCACCCCAAUAGAUCUGCAUUCAAGGCACCCAGCUAUACAAGAGCAGAACUUCUUGCUUAUGGAUGAAGAGGAACAUCACGAACAGUGGGACCUGAUCAGUCUUAGCCUGGUUGUAAACUUCGUCCCGGAGCCCAAAGACCGAGGGCGAAUGUUGCAGUUAGCUCACGCCAUGUUAAAGCCAGGACAAUAUGUCUUCCUUGCGCUUCCCCUUUCCUGUGUCAUGAAUUCUCGAUAUUGCACGCCUGAUCACAUCGAGGGCCUCAUGAAUGUCCUAUCAUUUAAGCAGAUCAAAACUCGAUGGCGGGAAGGCGGGAAGAUGGCGUACUGGCUCUUCCAGAAAAUCACACCAGUCGUACCGUUGGACGCUACACUAUACCAGAAGAAGACGGUAUUGCGUACAGGGAAUGAUAGGAAUAAUUUUUCGAUUUUACUCUGAGUGUAGGUUCACCUUCGAACCUACUAAGUCAGGCCGCAGUCCCAUGUCGUGCGCAUCUGUCGCCGGUCCGUUAGGCCGGAUUCCUGCUCAUGAGGCCUGGAAACAACGAGAUGGCCUUACUCUUUGACAUAGUCUCUAUUAACGGCGCUUGGUGUUGCGACGUGGCUUCCAUGUACUUCACUAUAUGCCACUACGUAGUAAAUUUAUU